GAGAAGAUAGCUCCGAAGACCAAAGCCCAGCUCAACCAGGACCAGCUGCUGCGUCUGCAAUGGCGGCCUCUUCGGUCGUCCCCGCGGGGAGUUAUGAGGGAGGUGGGUACCGUGACAGGGAGCCACCACCCACAUACGACGGGGAAGACCCAGAAAUGACGUUCAGGGUUUAUGAAAAGAACGUCAAACUCUGGGAGUUCGAAACAGAUGUGCCACCCACCAAAAGGGGUAUCAAGCUGAUGCGUGCUCUCUCAGGCGUGGCACGCCUUGCAGUGGAUGAGAUGAGUUUUGAAGAAAUCACAGCAGCAGAUGGGGUUUCUCAGGUCAUGAGGAAGCUGAAGGAAUACUUCCUUCCCCAUUUGGAAGUGUCGUUACCUAGAGCCUUUGAGCAAGCUGUGUAUGGUGCUGCUAGGCAAUCCAAGGAAGGUUUUGCUGAAUACAUAGCCAGGAUGGACCGAAACUUCACCAGGCUCUCAAAGGAAGGAGUGGACCUUCCAGACAGUGCUCAGGGUUAUAUCAUUUAUAGGCAUGCCGCCUUGAAUGAUGCUCAGGAUCAGCGCUUCUUGGUCUGGGCGGAUGGCAAGUACGACCGCAUCUCAGUAGUGAAGGCGCUGCGGAAACUGGAUAAGGUGAUCCGUGAGAAGGGCAAGAGCACCUUCAUGACUGAGGAUGACUCCUACAAGGAGGAAAGCUUCCACAUGGAAAUGGACCCUGUGCUCAAGGAGUUUCUUGAGGAUGACGGGUUGAAUGGAGAGUUCAUCUACCUGCAAGAAGGCGAUCUGAACGAGAUCAUGGAAGAAGAGGAUGUCUUGGCAGCGCUGGCAAGCUACCAGGAAGUGCGUCAAGCGCUUAGAGAUCAACAGAAGGGUCGGGGCUACUAUGGAAAGGGCCACGGAAAGGGUCUUUUCAAUGUCAAGGGCAAGGGCAAGGGCAGGUGGCAGAAAGUGCACAUAGAGCAAGUGAAGCUUCGCAGCCGAUGUUGGAAGUGUGGACAGGUAGGACACUUCAGCCGUGAAUGCAGGAGUGAGCCCAAGCCAAAGACACCAGCUUCGAGCGGCACCUCAGUGACUGCAUCAACGAGCACCUCGAGAUCUGGCUUCUUAGUUGUCUCAGGCCCAGAUGUCACCCCAAAACGGGAGUCGUCUUUCUGGUUGCGUGAGUUUUUGAACAGUCAGCCAAAGGAGCAUCGUGCGCAAUCCGAGAGAGCAUACAAGGCAGAUUCAGCAGGUUUUUGUGGCGUCACCACCAAGCCAGAACAAGGGGUUGUUGAUACUGCAGCUGAGGGCGGUUUGAUUGGAAGUUUUGCUUUGGAACGUUUAGAGUCACAACUUGGUCAGUUCAAUCUCAAAUGCAAGUGGAUUCCAAAGAGAUCAGCAGCAAAGGGCGUUGGAGGAAACGCCAACGUUUUAGGCGUUGUUUUGAUUCCCAUGGGGAUCGGCGGAAUCAAUGGACUUUUGGAAUGCACAGUCAUAGAGGGAGACGUUCCGAUGUUGCUCCCCAUACGCAUGAUGAAGGGUCUCCGCACUGUCAUAGACGUAGACAAGAUGGAGUUGCACAUGAAAGCAUAUGACACGACGGUGCGCAUGCAUGAACUUCCUAGCGGGUCAACCAAGGUGUGUCUGAGUGCCUGUGGAAUCACCUUCCAUGUGAAGCAAUGGUGGCUCAAUCCACAGAUCGAGCAAAUUCGAACUCCCCAAGAACGAAGACUUCUCUCAGCAAUGUCGUCUUUGCUGGAACGUGCGAAGAACCUGGGGAAAGCCAUGGUGGCGCAUGCAAAUCCACCACAGAGCGAGAAGGAUGCGGCCAUGUCAGAACCGCAUCAUGCAAAAAGGGCACUCAAGGGUUGGCGCAUCAUCAUGGACAAGGUGAUCACCCUGUUGGUGCUGGUCGAGCACCAGCACAUUGUGGAAGGUUGGCUGCCACUCUCACAGCCCUCACUUGGCUUGCCUUCGGAGUCCAAGGAGGAGAAGCUGGAGGAUGUCUAUGCGGAGCUGAUCCAAUGCUCAAAAAGGCUUACGCCACUGAAGUCAAAGGAGGAACCGAAGGUGUCUAUGAGCACAUGCAUUCACCCGAAGAAAGAGCUGAAGGGUGGAGGGAACCAAGCGGGUUCCUACAUCUACUGCCGCCUGUGCAACAGCAGGUGGGAGAACACUAUGAGGUCACAGGAAAUGCGCAAGGAGAUCAAGGAGCAGAACGCCAAGAAGAAAGGGGGCCUCUUGAGUCAAGAAACCCAGGCACAACAAGCACCACACACCAUGAUGAAUGCACAGGAGCACAGCACAUCAAGCCUGGUGGAUGGACUCAGGAGUGCAAUGCAAGAGGAGCAGGAACGAGAGGAUGAUCCAGAGUCUGCUACAGAGCAGGCAAGGCCCAGUGCCAGAUGUGAUCCCAGAGGAGAUGGCAGUCGUGAAGUGCCUUUGCGGGACGGAAGCCGAGAAGUUGAGGGUCAAAAGGGAAGGGCCGAGACAAGGAAGGUUCUUCUGGAAAUGUGUCCAGAGGAACUGCUGGAGUCCAAGGAGCCAGACGAAGUGUGGGCAGCACUAUGGCGAUGCUGGAUGAGGACGUUCGGAGUUCCAGAAAUCCUGACCUGUGAUGCAGGGAAGGAGUUUGCAGCCGGCUUCUGCAAACGGGCAACAGCGUGCGGCAUAGUCACCUACCAGGUUGGAGCCAGAGCUCCAUGGCAGAAUGGCAAGGCCGAAAGGCACGGAGCCCACUAUAAGGAACUUCUGGACAAGGCCAGGUCAGAAGUGGUGGUCACCAGCACAGCAGAGCUAAGGUUGCUCAUGCAGGAAGUCGAACAAGCAAAGAACAGGUUCUCCAACAGGUCGGGCUUCUCGCCCGUACAGAGGCAGAUAGGGCAGUGGCCAAGAUGCCCCACUGAGAUUCUCUCAGAUGACGUGCUGGACCCCACAUUGGUUGCAGGAGCGAUGGUGGACGACCUGGAAAGACUGCACGAGAUGAGGAGAGUCGCCCAAAAGGCCUUCGUGGAAAGCAAUGCACGAAGAGCGGUGCAAAGGACUCUCCAGGCAAGAGGCAGAACUACAGAAGAGUUCAAGCCUGGAGACUACGUGUAUGUCUACAGGGUCCACAAACCAAGGAAGAGAAGAUACGGCGGACUCCCUGAAAGGGACACAGCAAGAAACAAGCCCUGUUGGGUAGGACCCGGAACCGUGGUGAUGGUGGAUGGCGCAAACCUUUGGAUAUCGGUCUGGGGAGAGCUGUGGAAGGCCGCCAAGGAACAGUGCAGGUUGGCUACCACCACCGAAAAGGAAGGCAUAGAACUGGUGGUGAAGGAAUGCCAAGAGCUUGUAGAUGAGUACAAGCGGGCAUCAAAGAAGGCAGGAUACAAGGACCUCACAGAUGAACCCAUCCCUGAGCUUGGAGACGAAGAAGAGGAAGACACGGCUCCCAACGCCAGAAGGGUAAGGUUCGAAGAUGAAGCAGAGUACUCACCGGGUACACCGGUGAACUCCCCAGCAGGGGAUGCAACAGCAGCAGAAGAACUUCAACAAGAGGUCCGCAGGGCAAGCAGAGCAACAGCAGGAACGAUUGAGGAGCCAGACAGAGAAGCAACGGCAAGCAACUCGGCGAGCACGCCGAGGCACACAGCACAGCAGAGCGCGGCUGAUGCCGGCGCCCACACCAGUGAGGAGGAUACCUCCGGGAUGGAGGAAGAAGAGCAUACACCACUGCCGGUAAGUUCAGCACCCGGCAAUACGGCACCUACAAGCACUGCAGCAGCAUCAGCAGGAGAGGAGGAAAUGAUAAGGAGGUCCAUCGCCAUGAGCGACAGGCUCGACGGCCAUCGAGCAAGAGGAGGAGCAGGACCAGUGAGAGGAUGGAGGAUGCAGGAGCAAAGACAAGCCCCAUACCUUUGGGAAAUGUAUCUUGAAGCAGAAGAAGAUACAGCAGACAAUGAUGAAGAAGAACGGCAAGGAAGGUUAGCCAACCUCUUCAAGCAUGAAGCCAAGGCUCAAAAGGGAGACUAUUGGACAGUGCACCUAGAUGAAAACAAGCUUGUGCGGCAUCACAGAAGAAAAAGGAAAGCACUGUUCCACCCGGAAAACGACCGGGAUCUUCCGGUGAAGAUACAAGACCUUCUAAAGACCAGGGAGACGUACAUGCAUUUCAAGGAGAACCUCCCAGCGGAGGAAGUCCGAGACGUCUGGACAGAAAGGAGACACGGCAAGUCUCGUCCAUCCUGGUGGAAGGGAAGCACUGUAUUCCAUCUAAAGAGGGCCAUUCCAGAAGAAGAAAGACAAGCACUGGAAGUCCUGAUGAUGGAAAAGAAGAGACCGGAGGAGGUGGAUAUGAAGAAGGAAGGUAAACAAGACCUUCAAGAGUGGAAGAUGGCAGACAAGGCAGAGUGGGCUAAGAUGGCAGACAGUGGAGCAGUGCGGGUACUCAGCGUGGAAGAGUCGCGCCGAGUCAAGGACCAAUUGAAGCAGGAAGGCAAGAUGGACCGCAUACUGCCCACAAAGAUCGCGCGACGCUACAAGCCGUCGGAGCAGCCAGGGCUGCCGCCCACGAAGAAGAGCAGACUCUGCUUGAGAGGCGAUCUGGAUCCAGACAUUUUGGAUCUAGAAAAGUUCGCCCCGACAGUCAACACGAUGAACCUGGCAGUCAUGAUGCAGAUAGCAGCCAACGAAAACAUGACAGGCCAGAUAGCAGACUUUAAGAACGCCUUCUGCCAAAGCGACCCACUCAAGAGGGAAAAAGGUAGCCUCUACUUCAGACAGCCACCAGAAGGAAUAGAAGGACUUCACCCUGAGCAGAUUGUGCUCAUUGUGAAUGGGGUCUAUGGACUGGUAGACGCACCACUCCAUUGGAGGAAAUGCUUGACCUCCUUCCUGAUGAAGAUCGGGUACACACAGAGUACCCUGGACCCAUGCAUCUACAAGCACUAUGAAGAUGGCAAGCUCCAAGGCAUGAUUGCCAUAGAGGUUGACGACCUACUGAUGAUGGGACACGCACCACAUCUGGAGAAGCUCAAGCUGCUGAAGGAAAGAUUCGUCUUCGGCAAGUGGGUCACACUCAAGGACCUUGAAGAAGGCGCAGCAUUCAACGGAAGACGCCUGAAGCAGAAGCCAAAUGGAGAGUUCCAGAUUGACAUGCAGAAGUACGUGGACGAACGACUCCACGAAGUGAAGCUGGAGAAGGGCAGAGCCAGCCAGAAGAAGGAGGAGGUGAACGAGUCUGAGAGGGCAGCAUGCAGGGCGGUGUGUGGAGCCCUCAACUGGCUCAGCAAGGAGGGGCGUCCAGACGUUGCAGGACCAGCCAGUCUCUUUUCGUCAAAGCUCGCCACAAUGAAGAUCGAAGAUGUCACGGCACUCAAUGACACAGUCCGCUGCAUAAAGAAGAAUGCAGGGUUAACACUGAGGAUACAACCACUAGUCAACAUGAAGUUCAGCGUCGUUAGAGACGCAUCCUUCGGCAAUCAGGGCCUCCACUCACAAGGAGGACAGAUGAUACUGUGCCAUGAGGAUGGCCUACAGAACAACAAGGCAGCAAAGACUAACAUCCUCUGCUGGCGAAGCGGAAGAAUCCAGCGUGUGGUCAACAGCACUCUGGCGGCAGAAACUCAGAGCCUUAGCAGAGGAAUAGGAGACCUUUUGUGGGUUAUGGUUCUUUUUGAAGAGCUGGAGGACCCCACUUUUUCUUUGAGAAACUGGCCACAGCGUUUGAGCGGAAAAGAUGUCCUUGCGAUUGCCUCCAACUCCAGUUCUGAGCGUUUGAAAGGUAGCCUAGCAGUCGUAGAUGCAAAGUCACUGUAUGAUCAGCUCUGUAAAGACAGCAUAGGUGGCCAAGACAAGCGAACGGCCAUAGAGAUACAGAUCAUCAGAGAGGACCUAAAUAGCAUCUCUGGGAAAAUGCGGUGGAUCGACCACCCUGCCAUGAUAGCCGAUGGCCUGACAAAAGUCAAGGGAUCGAACGAAGCUUUGUAUGAAGUGCUUAGUACAGGGGUCUUCAAGCUAACAGCUGAGGAAGACCAGUUAGAAGCGCGUAGUCAUGCGAAGCUCGAAGGGCAAAGUGCCCAUGAUAUCAGAAGGUUUGGGAUCAACAAAAACCUUGGGAGCUGUGAAAGUUCAUGUCAUGAGAGACCACCCAUUGAUCCCAAACCAGCGUUUGCAGAGAAGCAAGAUCCUAUGGCCAUCUGGCCCAAUGCGUAG